AUGGGACCACGUCACUCCAAGCGCCUCACUGACGACGCCUCCACGCCCUCCGAGGACCUGAGGCACCAUGUGGGCCGCAAAGCCAGCAGCACCAGUAUCUCGGGCCGCCGCGAGGAAGGCCAGGUGUCGGCUGAGCGCAUCCGGCGCCACGCGGUGCGUCACCUAGGCUACAGCACACUCAGCCUAUCCAUGCACGGGCUGGAGGACGUGCCUGUGGAACUCUGGGAAGUGCGCGAGCUGCAGAAGCUCAACCUGUCCCUCAACUGCUUGAGUGGGCUGCCGCCAGGCCUGGGCCGACUCCAGAACCUGGUGAUUCUGAACCUCUCGGGGAACGAACUCACCAGCCUGCCUGCCGAGCUGGGGCUGCUGAGGAACCUAAGGGUGCUGUUCGCCUACCGCAACCAGCUCAGCGAGAUUCCUGAGGAGCUGGGUGCCUGUACCAAGCUGGAGGUGUUGAGUUUGGCCAACAACCAGAUCAGAAGCCUCCCAGCCAGCCUGGGCUCCAUGCGCCAUCUCACCAAACUCAACCUCAGUCACAACCGCAUCGCACACAUCCCCGCCUGUGUCUACGCCAUGAGGGGCCUGAUCUUCCUGCACCUGGCAGGGAACCUGCUGGAGAACAUUGCCGACCAGAUCCAGGACCUGGUGAACCUGAAGAUCUUGAUCGUGGAGGGCAAUCAUCUGCACGCGCUGCCCAAGACACUGUGUCUGCUCAGCUCGCUGGAGCUGCUCAAUGUGGACUUCAAUGAGCUGCAGAGCCUCCCCAUGGAGAUGUACCUCCUCCGCAGGCUGGGCAAGCUGGCCUGCCACCCGUUGGACAAGGGACUCCACAUCGUCCACAACCCCCUGCUCAAGCCCAUCCAGGAGGUGCUGCAGGGCGGACUCAACGGCCUUUACAACUACCUCAAGCCUGGGUGAAGGGAGGGAGAGACAGAGAGAGAGCAAGAGAGAGGGAUGGAGAGAGACACACACAGAGGGAGAUAGGAAAAGGGGGAAGUAGACACACUAUGAUACAGUAUUUGGCAAAAGGUAGAUAUUGACAACAGCAUAAGAGAGGAUUGAAGAGAAAGAUUGGUUGAAGUAAUUUCCAGUGGGUUCAGAACCCUGGGCUCUGUAAAGCGCCUUGAGACAAUUUUAUUGUUUUGGCGCUAUACAAAUAAAAAUGAAUUGAAUUGAUUUGAAUUUAAAACCAUGCAAAUGGUAAAAUGUAGCCUUUAGACAAUGACAGCCACAAGAGGAAAAGGAGAAGAAGAAGUUGUGUUGGUUACCACACCACUCAACAGUGUUGGAACGGGUAUCAUUAUAACUGCCCAUACUUAAAGGCUGACACACGGGGGACCUGCCUGUACGCCUGUUUGACUCCAUGCUUGUGGUACCACAGGCUGGGCACAGACAUGUAGCUCUGGGUGCAGGAGGUCACAGUGUUCCUCCAGCAGGCUUAGAGUUUCAGAGAGGGUAGAGGGUUGGAAAAGCGAACACGCAAAA